AUGGGCCUUUUCGGGAAGAAGAGCAAGAUGCCACCACCGAUCCUCAUCAAUCGAGGAUUAGGCAUGCCCCCAUACAUGCGAUCUCCCUACCAGGACUUCGACUACCUUCCACCAAUGACGCCAGGUAGCGCCGAGUCAGUAUUCGGAAUGGGUCCCCAUCCGUAUACGGAUAACGCUACAAUGCGCGGCGACCGACCGAAUGGCUCGAGGCGUCGCCGCCGACGGCACCCAGGUCCCCGAGGCUUUCCUCCCGAGGACAUGACGGACGGUGCAUCUAUCCCUGAGAGCGAACCGCAUGAAUCGAUCCGCCGCGGUCCGCGUCAAGCCGAUCGUCCUGAAGUCGUUCCUGACGAUCUUGAGUCGCUCACAGAUUAUGGAGACGCGCCGCCAGCCGGGUCGAAUGUACAGCACGCUGGACGCCAAGAGCGCGCAGGUGGACGGAAUGGCUCUGAGCAACCCACGUACGACACCAAGGGAGACGAACCAGGCACGCGUCGCCCUGGCUCAGCACACCACCAGGGCCGUAGAUCGCCGCGCCCUUACGCACGCAGCAGCCCUCGAGGGCCCGACACGCCGGUCGACCCUCCACCACCCUAUUCUCCCCGUUCACCGAACCCACGCGCCAACCCCUUUAGACGGCGCACUCCACGCUCACCAAACCCAACCCCGAGCUUUCCUGGACGGCGUACUCCCCGCGCACCGAGCCCACCUCCCGACUUUUCGAGACGGCACGCUCCCCGUGCACCAAGCCCUCCUCCCAGCUUCCAUGAACGACGCACUCCCCGCUCAGCCAACCCAGCUCGCGAUUACCGUAGACAACCCGCUCCCCGCACUCCCAUCAAUCCAGCCAUGCUCCACUUCACAGACCGUAGGAAGUCAGCUGUCUGCGCUUGCGCGACUUGGGAUAGGCACGAGCUUCCACACAUAGUGCAGAAUGAGCAUGUUAUGCUCGCCGCGAAGGAAUGCCUCGAAGCCACUGGUAGGACUGAGUGCACGCAGGAAGAGCUCCUGCAGUACCUGGUGCCUGGCCCUGAUGGGAAGUUGUUUAUGCCCGGGGUGCCGUAUCCCCGCCAUCAUCGUCGUUUUUAA